CGGGUCCCUGCCCGUCUGAAAACUCCGCGCCGCGGCGGUGGAGGCGGCGGCGGCGGCGGCGGCAGAGGAGGAAAGGGAGGAGGAGGAGGUGGAGGAGAGGAGCAGGAGGAGGAGCAGCGGCGAGCUCGGGCGACGGCGGCGGGGCCCGAGCGCGGAGCCCCCGGGAUAGAGCGCGCACCGGGGUGUCCCGGCACCCCGCUCGCCCCGGGCCGCCGCGGAAGAUGGUGGCGGCGCCGUGCGCCCGGAGGCUGGCGCGGCGCUCGCACUCGGCGCUGCUGGCGGCGCUCAUGGUGCUGCUGCUGCAGACGCUGGUGGUGUGGAAUUUCAGCAGCCUGGACUCCGGGGCUGGCGAGCGGCGGCGCGCGGGGGCAGCGGCGGGAGCAGCCGAGCAGCAGCAGCAGCAGCAGCCCGCGGCCCCUCGCCGGGAGCGCAGGGACCUGGCUGCCCAUCCGCCCGCAGCCCGCGGAGGACCCGGAGGCCGAGCCGGCGGAGGAGGAGCACGGGGAGGCGGCCCCGGAGGAGCCCGCGCGCAGCAGCUUGGCAGCCGCGGGGCACUGGCCGCCCGAGCGAGGGAUCCACACCCGAGUCCACUGAUCACCCUAGAGACCCAGGAUGGCUACUUCUCUCACCGGCCCAAAGAAAAAGUGCGGACCGACAGCAACAAUGAGAACUCGGUCCCCAAGGACUUUGAGAAUGUGGACAAUAGCAAUUUCGCCCCCAGGACCCAGAAGCAGAAGCACCAGCCAGAGCUGGCCAAGAAGACCCCAAGCAGGCAUAAAGAGCGAUUGCAGAGGAAGCUGGAUGCCCAGGACAAAGGUCAGGGGCAGUCAGUCCUGGGGAAAAGCCCCAACGAGGUGCUGCCUCCUCGGGAAAAAGCCACAGGUGACAGUAGCCAAGGGAAGGAUCUCUCAAGACACAGCCCUGUGAGAAAGACUGGUGGUGGUGGGUCCCCCGAAACCAAGUCUGACCAGCCCCCCAAGUGUGACAUCUCUGGCAAGGAGGCCAUCUCAGCCCUGACCCGCGCUAAGUCCAAGCACUGCCGCCAGGAGAUUGCAGAAACCUACUGUCGCCACAAGCUGGGGCUGCUGAUGCCAGAGAAGGUGGCUCGGUUCUGUCCCCUGGAGGGCAAAGCCAACAAGAAUGUCCAAUGGGAUGAGGACACUGUGGAGUAUAUGCCCACCAACCCCGUCAGAAUCGCCUUUGUCCUGGUGGUCCAUGGCCGUGCCUCUCGACAGCUACAGCGCAUGUUCAAGGCCAUCUACCACAAAGACCACUUCUACUAUAUCCAUGUGGAUAAGAGGUCCAAUUACUUGCAUCGGCAAGUGCUCCAGUUCUCCAGGCAGUACGACAAUGUCCGAGUCACCUCCUGGAGGAUGGCCACCAUCUGGGGUGGGGCCAGCCUCCUGUCCACCUACCUGCAGAGCAUGCGGGAUCUCCUGGAGAUGACUGACUGGCCCUGGGACUUCUUCAUCAACCUCAGUGCUGCUGACUACCCCAUCAGGACAAAUGAUCAGCUGGUGGCAUUUCUCUCCCGAUACCGAGAUAUGAAUUUCCUGAAGUCACAUGGCCGGGACAAUGCAAGGUUCAUUCGGAAACAGGGCCUGGACCGUCUUUUCCUGGAGUGUGAUGCACACAUGUGGCGCCUGGGGGAUCGGCGGAUCCCAGAGGGCAUUGCUGUGGACGGUGGCUCUGAUUGGUUCCUGCUUAACCGGAAGUUUGUGGAAUAUGUGGCAUUCUCCACGGAUGACCUGGUGACAAAGAUGAAGCAGUUUUACUCUUACACCCUCCUUCCUGCUGAGUCCUUUUUCCACACAGUCCUGGAGAACAGCCCCCACUGUGACACCAUGGUGGAUAACAACCUGCGCAUCACCAACUGGAACCGCAAGCUGGGCUGCAAGUGCCAGUACAAACACAUCGUGGACUGGUGUGGCUGCUCCCCCAACGACUUCAAGCCUCAGGACUUCCAUCGCUUCCAGCAGACAGCCCGGCCCACCUUCUUUGCCCGGAAAUUUGAAGCUGUAGUGAACCAGGAAAUCAUUGGGCAGCUGGACUCUUACCUGUAUGGGAACUAUCCUGCGGGCACCCCGGGCCUCCGCUCCUACUGGGAGAAUGUCUAUGACGAGCCAGAUGGCAUCCACAGCCUCAGCGAUGUGGCGCUCACCCUGUACCACUCCUUCAUCCGUCUGGGCCUGCGGAGGGCAGAGUCAUCCCUGCACACUGAUGGGGAAAACAGCUGCAGGUACUACCCAAUGGGCCACCCAGCAUCUGUCCAUCUCUACUUCCUUGCCGACCGUUUCCAAGGUUUUCUGAUCAAGCACCAUGUGACUAACCUUGCUGUGAGCAAACUGGAGACACUGGAGACAUGGAUGAUGCCAAAGAAAGUCUUCAAGAUCGCAAGUCCCCCCAGUGACUUUGGCAGGCUUCAGUUUUCUGAGGUUGGCACUGAUUGGGAUGCCAAAGAGAGGCUGUUCCGGAACUUCGGCGGUCUCUUGGGGCCCAUGGAUGAGCCCGUUGGGAUGCAGAAAUGGGGAAAGGGGCCCAAUGUGACUGUGACUGUUAUCUGGGUGGAUCCUGUCAAUGUCAUCGCAGCCACCUAUGAUAUCCUGAUCGAAUCCACUGCGGAAUUCACACACUACAAACCCCCUUUGAAUCUGCCUCUGAGGCCUGGGGUCUGGACAGUAAAAAUUCUCCAUCACUGGGUGCCGGUUGCAGAGACCAAAUUCCUUGUCGCACCUCUGACCUUCUCCAACAAGCAGCCCAUCAAACCAGAGGAGGCAUUGAAGCUGCACAAUGGGCCACCUCACAGUGCCUACAUGGAGCAGAGUUUCCAGAGUCUGAACCCGGUCCUCAGCCUGCCCAUCAAUCCUGCCCAAGUGGAGCAGGCCCGGAAGAAUGCAGCCUCCACUGCGACAGCACUAGAAGCCUGGCUGGACUCGCUGGUGGGCGGGACUUGGACUGCCAUGGACAUCUGUGCCACAGGCCCCACCGCCUGCCCAGUCAUGCAGACCUGUAGCCAGACAGCCUGGAGCUCCUUCAGCCCUGACCCCAAAUCAGAGCUGGGUGCAGUCAAGCCCGAUGGCCGGCUCAGGUAGCAGUGGCCACACGUGACCAAUGGAGCCUCAAUCCCGGCCUCCUCCCUUGUAUGGGGGUUGCCUUUUGUACAAGGAUCUCUGCUGACUGUAGAAUGAUGAAGAGAGGGUUUGGAGGCCAGAGAAGGGUCAGCCUGUAUUUGUCAAGCUGGCCUCUGGAGUAGGUGACUCAGCCCCAGGGCCACAGUGGUCUCCCCUCUUCCGGUUGCUUCUCAGUCCUGCAGGCUCCUGUUCUCUCCCUCCGAUGGCCUGCACUUGUCCCCUUACAAGUGAGUUUUCAGCUUUUAUUUUGAGCAGCAGAACUUUGUUUACUCAGCACAGUCAGAGGUGGAAGUGCAAGAUCAGGAUGAAAUCUAGGCUGCUCUGGUUGAAGCUGAGUUGUGUGAGGUUCCUUCCCGCAGCUCAGCCCACCAGGUGAUGCUUUCUCCAAGGGCAUCUCCAAGGUACCUCUUCUGAACCCAAGGGCUCUGUUUAAGCCAGUUAGACAAGCACUGCCCUGACCAAGGGUGGGAUCUACAUCCUGGCCCUUCCAUUUAUCUCUUGAUUUCUAUGGCUGGGAAACCCUGUGCCCAUGCUAAAAGUAGCAAGCUGCUGGUGGCCACGCUCCUGGCCUUCCCCGGGAGGCGGAGAUGUGGGAGAAUUCCAAGGUUCCUGUUGCCGCUCAGUGAGCUAUUUUCCCUGCAAACCAGAGAGGUUCAGGAAAGCCUUUUGAUGUGACGUGGCCAAGGUUCCCCAGACAUGUGACUGCCAACUUGCCAUCUGUCCAGGUCAGCCUCUUCCAAGGCUGUCACAACUGGUAGCAGGAACAGGGUAAAACAUAGAGAGCUGGAGUUUCAAUUCUCCUACCUGCUCCUGGGCUGGGAGACAGCUACUGUGGUCUCUUUGGUACUGAAAGGGGAGCAGCAGAGAACCAAGGCUCUGAAUCUCCAAGGGGGGUUCCUUGGACCCAAGCUUCUAAGCUAGAUGGCAACACAGAGGCACUCCUUCUGUUCUGAGGUCAGGUACCCCAAACCUUUGUGAACUGUGCACUUGGUGCUGUUGACUGUGACCAAACUGCAUGGAUCAGACUUAUUUCACCCAGGAACAAACAUUUCAGAUCGGGUCCUUCAUUUCAUACCCUUCCUCGCCUAGGGUGCCAACAGGCUCGGUCUGGCUAAACCACAUAGAAGGAAGAUUGAGUUUCAAAAUAGGGAAGGUGGUUCAAAAAUUAGUGUUAUUCAUAUUGCUUGAGUACCAGAAACCCAAGGGUUUUCAUGCCAUGUGUAUUCUGGGGAGGGCAUUGAGGAAGAGCAUCUGCUUCCUCAUUGAGUACCCCAAAAGACAAAGUUCUCUGGGGAAAGUUGUGUCCAUCCUUAUAUCUCUCCCAGCAUGGAUAAGAAGGUACUGAAGUCCACCUUGACGGUGCAUCCAGUGCACAGCCCCUUCCCCAUCUAACAUGGCAGGCACAGAGAAGAGACCCUUGGUAUUUAUUAUUUAUAUGUUUUAGUCAAUGACUAAUUAGUAGGUGCUGUUUUUUGCAGCUUGUCAAUUAUGUUAUCUUACUAACUAAAAUUGCCUUUAUUCACAAAAGGCUCCCCCUUCCCUAUCUUCCCUGGUCUGCCUGCCUUUCUCUCUCAUUUUCACUGUUUCUAUCUCUCAGUGUCCACCCUACACCCUUCUGGUUCUUAGAACAAAGCUGGGGUGUCAGAUACCAUGGCAGAGUUUCAACCAGUGCCAUAACUGUCAGGAAGUUGACCCAUGUGGAUGGCUGGAACCUCCCUUUUGCACAGGAUGUUGGUCUCAUCUGUCCCUCUAAAUUCAAAAAAAUGUUGGAAUGCCUGAGUACCAACCCUUACUCUGACCCCUGCCCCAUAGACAAGGAUGUGGUGGGCUUAUGGCUUGGGUUGGGGGAGAAGUGUGCUGAGUGUAAAACUCUAGGUCCACCCAGUUGCUCUACACAUCGGGCUUCUCAUGACCAGUUUAACCAUGAGCACAAGCUUCCCUAGCAGAGGAAGACAGAAUCCUUCUAAGAGUGAUUGCUCUUAGGAGGAGGGCUGGGGACCCAGCCAGGAGAGCUCAGGAGGUAGCUACUGUCUGCUGGUCGUGGAACCAUCAGGUAGCUUUCUCAAAAAACCCAUAGAAUUUACACUGGUUUUACAAACACAUGGGAACAUUGAGCCUGGAAUCCCAUUCUCUCAAUGCCUCCAGUCUUUGCCUUGGUCAAAGCUUCCCUGGGACUGUGAAACCUCUGGGAGUCCCCCUCUUACCCAUCUUCUGCUAGAGAUUUGUGUAUUCUGUCCUGGAAGGUCCCUGGGAGUCACAGACUAUGAGACCCAGUGACACUCAAUGACAUUUUCCAUACUGGAACUAGUUGGGAAGGGCAAAGCUGACUUUGUAUCCCCAGCUUCUUCCUCACUCACCACAACUAAUUUGGGGUAUUUGUUUCCUCUGUUUUGGACCCAUAAAAUUAUUUUCACAGAUAGUGCUUUUAGUUUUUUAAAAAUGGAGAAUUUAAAACAAGUUCAUCAUAAUUUAAGAAAAGAUGUUUUCCCAUGGAAAGUGGCUUAAAUCCUUAUUUGUUGAUGUCUUCCUGCUGAAAACAAUGUGCUUGUUGGAGGCCAUGGGUGAAACAACAGCCUUGGGAGGUGGCUGCCUAAGGGUUUUGGAAGCACACAGCCAUCAGCUAUAGGAACCUUUAAGUCUGCAGUCUGCAGAAGCAAGAAGCCAUGGGUUUGACUGCUGACCAGGGUCCUAGAUAGUUUGGAAGGCUGAGAGGAAAGUUGGGCAUCCCUUAUGGGGAGAAGGGUUUUAGAUAGCACCUCUCUAUGCCAUUUGCUAGCUACCCAUCCCAAAGCUUACUUCCUGGGCUCUGCAGAAAGCAGUCAUCUCUGAGAAGGAAUGGGACAAUUCCCAAUGAAUGCCCCCUUGCUCUAGUGAUGCAGCCCUUUCCUUCCUAAAGGUCCUUUCUGAUGGAGAUCAGAGGCCUCCUGGUUUCAUUUCUCAAUGUUGGUUUAACGUUUUUAAUUGAAAUUGAGUUUAGAAGGUAUAAACCCAGCCCCGCACACACACACACACACACACACACACACACGGGCAUGCACGCUCACAUGCAGGCAUGCACAUGCCCACACACUCCAAAGGAGUUUGUUGCUAUUUUGGAUGUAUUGAGGAGCAUGCCUCCUUCUGGCUACUUGGUUUAUAGAUAGAGAAGAGGAUGUUGACUGAAACUGUGACCUCUCUGCCAAGACAUUCCUUAACAGAGAAGAGCAAUCAAGGACCACAAAGUGUGGAACAUGAAGAAGACACCAUGUACAGCCAAGUUCAUAAGGGGUCAGAUCAGCAGUUGCUGACAGCAUUGAGGAUAGACUGGAAACUAGCAUCAACCCAGUCAGCGUGAGCACGCCGAGAAGGCCUGGCAGGCCAGAGGAACUCUUUUGUAGGGGUCAUAAAAGCAAAAUGCGGUCCAGAACACAAGCAGAGAUGAGUAAAAUCAUGGGUGGAAGACAAAAGGGAGUAGUGGGGAGCGUGGUCUUACUAGCAUGCACAUGACCCCUCCAGUAAGAAGGGCAGCUGUGGGCUCCCAGCCUGUGAAAGUGAGAGAGAAGGUACAACUCAACAGUGGAGUCUUCCCGCUGGUAAGGGAAGCCAGAGAGCCAGCUUCUGUUUGUUCACUUCUGCUUUGUUUAAUAAGGAAUCUAGUUUUUCAUUGUUGCCUACUUUUUCUUUCAUUUUCCUUUUGAUUUUUGUUUUUUGAGACAGGGUUUCUCUGUGUAGCCCUGGCUGUCCUGGAAUGCACUCUGUAGACCAGGAUGGCUUCAACCUCAUAGGGAUCCACCUGCUUCUGCCUCCUGAGAGCUGGGAUCAAAGGUGUGUGUCAUCACCGCCCAAAUUAUUGUGUUUUGUUUUGUUUUGUUUUGUUUUGUUUUGUUUUGUUUUUCAAGGAUGUGGGCAGAAAAGUAAACUUCCAUAAUUGUGCUCAGGCCAAGUCCUGUCUCUGGAAAAGUGGUUUGAAAUGAGGGAGAGUUCAGACAGUAGGGGAGGAAAGAGUCAUGGUUAAAAGUGCAAAGAGGGGAGCUCACCCUGGACUGUGGGAGAAUGGAGGUUUCUGCUUAGUCAGCCCCUUCUCAGAAAACUUGUCAUCUGUGGGAGGGCUGGCUCAUGGGGCUCCUCUGAUCUGUGCUGAAGAGGAGAGAAUGCAAUCUGGAGUCUGGGGUGCUGCCUCAGACACAGAGAGACCCUAGUGUGCCCAGGUCCCCACCUCCUGGCAUUCCAUCAAACCAAGUGGAGAUGGCCACAGUGCCAUCCAUGAGAAGAGACUGGAGAGCACUCAGACCAGCUCCAAAGUCCACAUCAAUGAGGUGAGGCUGGGGAGUACUCAGACCAGCUCCAAAGUCCACAUCCAUGAGAUGAGGCUGGGGAGCACUCAGACCAGCUCCAAAGUCCACAUCUGAGUUGCCAUGCUGCCACUGUGCUGGAAGGUUCUUCAGAAACCAUGUGGGGCUGUGCUGGCUCACAAGUAGUCUUCUUUGCUUCUGCCUCAGUUACCUUAUGUUGCCCGAGGGUCAACCCCAGGCACUACCUCAAUGUCUGCUGAGAAGUUUACCUGGGGGUAGGGUGGAACGAAGGUGGCUAGUGUGCUGGAGCUGAAUGUAAAAUCUAUGCAAAUUCUCUCUCUCUCUCUCUCUCUCUCUCUCUCUCUCUCUCUCUCUCUCUCUCUCUCUCUCUCUCUCUCUCUCCCCCCCUCCCUCCCUCCCUCCCUCCGUCCCUCCCUCUCUCUCUCUUCCUCCCUUCCCUUUCCUCCCUCUCCCUGUCUGUCUCCUUCUCCUUCUCGCCCUUUCUUGUAUAAGUUUUAGUUGGGCUUGUUUGUUUGUUUGUCUGUGUUUGUUUGUUUUACCUUAUGAGCAAGAUGUUCUAUAGGACCCUCUUAAGACUGAAGAGGGCUUUACCCACCACCUGUGUCUACCCCUCCUGUUGUCUUUGGUUCUGUUCUUGCCAAGCCCCACACAGGGAGAAAGUGGCCUCUCUUCUCCCCUCACGUGGCUGGGAAUAUUCUCACAGCCCAGGCCUAUGGACAUCACUAGGAAGCAGGCACUGCCUCUUCCCUCCCCGGCUCCCAGUGCCAUCUUCUCCUUUCUGCAUUUUUCUCCUACCUCCCACCUUCAUCCCCACUCCUCCAAAAAGCCUUAGGUUUCUCCUUUUUGAAAUGUGGCCUUAAAAUUAUUUUUGGAAAGCUGACAUCCUCCCCCUCUAAUUUCCCCCACCAUCACAGAAGAGAGAGCAUCUUGAAGCCUGCGUGUGUGGCGGCCUCCUGAGCAAAGGGACUGCCAAUCUGUAGUCUGCAGAUGCACUAGGAAUAGCUUAAAUGUCGUCUUUAAGAAAAAUGUUCUCAUAUUUUUCCUAUGGGCAAAAUGAAGUCUUGGGGGCUCUUGCAGCUCCGAAGCACCUCUAAACAUGUUGCUGUGGCAGUGGGCUGGCAUCACCAGCAGGAUGCUCACUCCAGUCUCCCCUUCCUCCAAGACCCAGUGACUUUAGGUACUUCAUUCAAGGGUAAAUCAGGAGCAUUUCUCAGUUUAUCUCUUCAUCCUUCUUGCCUGGAAAGUGACAGCAUUAAAUAUUCCCAGUGGAUGGGUCAUGUUCUUGAAGGGAUGGUCCACCCACUCCUUUGGACUCCACCCUGAACCCUUCCAUCACUCCAGUGCUGAUGGAGGCCAAAGACAACCCCAGGGUUUUCAUAGGAAAUUCACUGGUAUUGAGCGCAAUUGUCUUUAUCCAUUUAUCUUUUCUUUUAAAGGAAAAGAAAAGACUCUUACUUUGUCAGUAGCAUUUGUCCAGAUGUUUGUUUUAGAGGCCUCAAGAUACGUUAUUACUGCCUCCUUCUUUGUUUUCAAAGACAUGUGGUGAUAUAGUUUUUAAAAAUAACUAUUUUGUUAUAGAUCAUAAUAUGCAUAAAACUGUACAGAAAUAUUUUGUAAUGUAUUGAUUUUAAAAAAAAGAGAGAAUCUGUAAAUAAAAGUUUAAAAAAAUAAGAGUGAGUUCACAUGGCACACGCUGAAAGAUGUCGAUAUUUUGCUAUUUAUUUAAAGGAGUAUUUUAAGAAAUAUUAAACUAUCUGAAGUUGACCAAUAAUCAAAGUUCUACUCAUCCAAAUACUUCUCAUCAAGGUAGAGUCCAAGUCUCACAAACAACUGUGUUACCCGCCCACAUCUGCCUCUUUCCUUUGUUUUCACAUGGUAGAAAACAACAACAAAAUUGUGCCUUAGCUGUAUUUCUGUCUAGGGGAAUUUGUUUCUGUCCAACAAAGCAACAUUUUUUUUGCAGAAAACAGUGGAUUAUUAAAUACUGUAUUAUACCAAAAACACCACAGGUGUACAUAGACGCUUUCUGCUAUACUGUGUUUUCAGAUGCAGAAUUUUAAAAUAAAAAAAAAAGUGUCUACGGAAUCUCA